ACUCAACUGCAACAGCCGGCGAGUCUGGGAGAUUAUCACAAUGUUGUGUGUUUCCGCAAAUAUUGUCCCCCCGCGUGAAACGCGUCACUCGGCUCAAAGUGUGUGUGUCACCUUGAUUAUUGUCCGGCUGGAACAAGAGUCGACCGCGGUAUGUUUUAGUUUCCGUAUUUAUUGAAAAUAAAAAAAUAGGCGCUACUUUGUUUACUUUGAUAGUGCAGUAUAGUCAUAUUAUAAACAUCUUAGAAACGUUCCGAGUAACAGUAAUCAUAAUCAUAUUCAUCGACGUGAUUUACAUCUCAAGGCAUCGUGAGUGAAUGAUCUAAUCUUAUUUUAUUGGAUUAUCAUCACUCUCGUGCUCGUCUCGACGAAGACGCGAGAGCCGUCGCCAUGGAGACCAAGUGCACGGAAAUAGCGACACUUGUCAACGCAAACUGUCACAAGGGAGCGGUUUAGUGCGUCUUUUAAUCUUGCACUAGCUUUAAAUUAGCACCGUCAGCUCGUUUUUUAGUCAAAAGGCUCGCAUAUGACUACGCCCCUCUGUGGCGUUCAGUGCACUUUUCAAACAUCAUCGCACCUCGGAAACGUGCUCAUACUUUUUCUUCGGCCUUCGCCAAUGUGCAACUUGUGUUGGCACGGAACUCAAGACAGUUUUGUGAUGACACCGCGGUCGACGUUAUUCGACAGAAGGCACAAGGGAGGGAUAUCACCAGGAACACAUCACCAUGGCAACGGGUCUGUGGAGGCAAGUGGAAGAACAUCCAGCCAUGACACUGAGUCUGUUUGAGUGCCUCAAGUUGGUGGGCCUUCAGCGUCUUCACGAGCGCUUCACCUCCAUGGGGAUCCACCAUGCGGCCUGUCUCGUAGCCCUCACUUCGGAGGACCUUCCCCUCUUGGAGAUCCGCACGGCUGAGGACAAAAGCCGUCUCUUCAAGCUGGUCCACCUGCUCAGAACGCUGGAGCAGGAGGGGCUGAGACUCGGAGAAGUGGCCGAUGACCAGGAAACGUCUCGCAAGCGUCCUGCGCAGCACGGCAACCACAGAAGCGCCAGGCCAGACAUUACUAAACGGUUAUCCAUGUACAAUACGUACUCCACGCCGCAAGCCCAGAGGAAUAUCGCGCCCCGCCACCGCCAACAUCAGCACCCGAGACCCAACGUUGCAGCCAAGAGGUGCACGAAUACAGCAAAUCAUCCGAUGCCUGUUUACGAAGCCAAGAGAAAACCAGGGUACAACUACGGGCUUCCUCUCCAGCCCGUUUCUGCAAAAAAGCAAACCCGUGGCCUGAGGAUCAUUGUCUGCGUGAGGAAACGACCGCUGACGCACGCCGAGAGAAGGAAGGGCGAGGCGGAUGUUGUGAUAACGCCCAGUGCCGAGUGCGUGAUUGUGGAAGAAGGCAAAGAAGCUGUGGAUCUCACCCGGUACAUUCUACAGCAUCCGUUCUACUUUGACCAAGUUUUUGCAGAGUAUCAUUCCAAUGAGGAAGUAUAUAAGAAAACAGCAUAUCCUCUGGUGCAGCACAUGCUCAACGGCGGGAAGGCCACUUGCUUUGCAUUUGGCCAGACGGGCGCGGGCAAGACUCACACCAUGAUGGGUUCCACUCCAGGGGAGGUGGGUUUGUACGUGCUGGCAGUCCAGGACAUCUUUGCCCACCUGUCGGCCACGUGCAGCCCACUGCUGGUGUACGUCAGCUUCUGUGAGAUCUAUUGUCGCCAGCUCUAUGACCUGCUCAACAACAGAAAAAGAUUGUUUGUGAGGGAGGAUGGUCACAGCGUGGUGCACAUUGCAGGACUUUGUGAUGUCAGAGUGGACUCGGUUAACUCACUCCUGAAGGUGAUCUCGCAGGGUUUAGCGGCACGCACAAAGAGGGUGAGCGGCAUCAAUCCGCUUUCGUCUCGGUCCCACGCCUUGCUUCAAAUUCAGCUCAGAUCCACCAACCAGCAGAUCGUUGGCAGAAUGUGGUUCAUCGACUUGGCAGGAAGUGAGCGGGCGUCGGACACCACGGCGACAGACUGGCAGACUCGUAUGGAGGGAGCUGAGAUCAACCAGAGUCUGCUGGCUCUGAAAGAAUGUAUCCGCUCCCUUGAUCAAGAACAGCGGCACACACCGUUCAGACAAAGCAAACUCACUCAGGUCUUGAAAGAUUCAUUCAUUGGCAACUCCAUGACUUGUAUGAUUGCCAACAUUUCACCCAGUCAUGUCGCCACAGAGCACACUCUGAACACACUAAGAUAUGCCGACCGUGUGAAGGAGUUGAGGGGUCGCAGCGGAGGACAAGAAUGCAAAGCCACAUCAUCUUCCAAAUGCAGCAGCGUUGGAAAGAGUCUCCCUAAGAAGCCAAAGAUGGCGAUACCCAACGCGUCUUUUGCCGCUGUUGCACCCACGCCGAGGAAACCCACAGGGAGAGCCGUCAACUGUUCCACGCCCAAGAGCAGCAGAUACGGGGAGGGAAGAGCUGCGAGAGCCAAACUCGACAUCGGAAUCGAAGAAGUGGGGAACUCGCUGGUAAAGGGCGAUGGAGGGCACGGUUGCAACAAAGAAAACGGGAGCACCAACACGUCGAGUAAAGAAGGACUAAGUGAGGGAAGCCAAAAUGAGAGACUCGAGGAGUCAACAGAAGCAGAUGGAGAAGAUGCCGUAACAGUGGACGAGGAAAUGCAGCAGCACCUUCGACACUAUCACCGGCAGCUGCAGAUGUUCGUGCCGUUCUCCGUCUCGCCGCCUUGCUCCGACCGCCGAUCACUCUGCUCCUCCGCAUCAUCCGCCGGACAUCUUGCAUUUUCUGGCCGUCACGGUUCGAAGGACGCUACGACCGCGUACGACAGCAGAGUCGAAAGUAGCGAGUCUUUAGUAGAAGACGGGCAGCAAAGAGUUGAGAUGAGGUGGCUGACUAAUCUGGAACAGGCCGACGUUGCAGUGGAUGUAGCCGUCAACUCGGGAGAGAAUGGCGAGGACUCGCUGGAAAUGGACCCCUCGCUUGACGGCUUGUGGACGGACUGUUUAAUGUCCGUCCACAAGACCAUCUGCGGCUCCUCUCGUGUUGAACAGCAGCAUCAGGAACGGCAAUCCGACCAUCACUUGGUGUCAGCCUGUGAACAUAAGAGUGUAGUCCAAACCCUUCAGGACUACAGGACAAAGCUACCUAGAGUGUUACAAAAUAGUCAGGUAUGCAAACAUCUGGAGGUACACAAACAGUCGGAGGAUAAAGCCAAAAUGUCUAAGGAUAAUACCUCAAGCGACUCCCGACUUGAGGGUACCACAGCCUUACUGGUUCAAGGAGAUCAGACCAAUAGCCAGCUCUGUACACUUGGGAGGGAAAAAGAGCCACUCACACAUGCAAAGAAUAAAGACAGAGAAUUCAACCUUCGGUCUUCCAGCUGCGACACUAAAGUGGCAAAAAAGUACACAAAGGAGAUCACACAUGCAAAGGAUGAGGACAGGGAAUCCUGUCCCCCAAAAGACUUACAGUCUCCCACUUCUAACGCCAAAUGGGCCAAUAACUGCACAAAGGAGCCACUCGCACUUUUAAAGAAUAAGGACAGAGAAUGUUCUCUCCGAUCUCCCACUUCUGACACCAAAUUAGCAAAUAAGUACAUGAUAAAAGAGCAUCACGCACACGCUAAGGAUGAGGAUGCAGAUUUAUGCCUCUCAAAGGACUUGCAGUCUCCCACUUCUGCUGGCAAACUGGCCAAAAGGCACACAAAGGAGUGUCUCACACAUGCUAAAAAUAAAGACGAUGAAAUUUACCAGGGGUCUCCUACUUCUGACACCAAAUUGACGAGUAAAUGCAUGUGGGGCCAACUCACACAUGCAAAGGAUGACGAUGAAGUCUGCCUCCCAAUUAACAUCCGGUCUCCCACUACUGACGUUAAAUUGGACAAUAAGUACACAAUGAAAGAGCAUCUCACACAUGCAAAGAAUAAAGACCAGGAAUUUUUCUUUCUGUCUCUCACUUCUGACGUCAAAUUGGCCAAACAGUAUAUAGUAAAGGAGCAUCUCACACAUGCAGCGGAUGAGGACUCAGACCUCUGCCUACCAAAGGACAGCAGGUCUCCCACUUCUGAUGCCAUUCAUCUCACAGAGCUGACACAAGAAACCUCAUGUGCACCAAAGAAAACCAUCUCACCCUCUUCGACUAAGAGUGAAACCGCUGCACCAAAUCUUCCCUGCAAAUCUCCGAAACUCCAAAUGGAUGAGCCUGCAGACUUGCACUGGAAAGAAAGGCCCUCCGACCCAGAGUUUUCCCUAACAAUGGAUCAUGCCAAAUGGCGUGUCAUCCAGGCCCACUGGGAGAAACUGAGGAAAAUGGAGCCCUUACUGCAUGAAGAGCAAACGCUUCUAUGCAAGCAACCUUAUAUGGCAUUUGUGGAUUAUGUGGACAAGCUGGAGGAGAUUCUGGAUCGCAACGCGCAGUGUCUGCGCAGCAUGAGAACCAAGCUGCGUUUAUAUCGUAUGACCAGCUCCUUUUCUGAGCCUGAGCACAAACAAGCGGAACACAGUAUUAAACCACUGGCAUGAAUAAAGCGUGGGUUUACAUUCUGUCACUCGGGAAUCAAACAGACAUGUUUAUUUAGUGUUUAAGAUGUUUACAUCCUUUGUAAGCUGAAAAAUGUCGUCCACGUUUUGUUUAAAGGUUCUAAUUUAAUGUCUUAUUUAUUUUAUUUUAUGGCUAGUUUUCAUUCAAAUUAAUAAAAUCUAUUUGCAGUUUA